GGAAGUAAUUGGGAUGCUGGUGGUAUAGAGUGGCGCAUGAAGAGAACACCGCAAAAAAGGAAAAAAAAGAAAAAAAAGGCUGCAACAGCGUGGAAGGAAAAGUUAGAACGCGUUCAGAGGCAACUGGCCAAUUGGGUUUAAUGCAGCCGAAGUGGCUCGUGUCAGGACCCCUUUUCCCUCCUUUUGUGGGACACUCCUCUCUCCAUCGACACACCCUUCCUCAUUCAUCCUUCCUUCACUUCACUCCCCUUCUCACCUCAUUGCACCUCCCCUCGCCUCCCCUCCUUUCUUUCUCACCCGUUGCUACAAUAGCAACCCUACCAUUGUUUUAAUUUUGUUGCGUGUCUGCUUGUGUGCGCAAUAGCCUUUCAUUCUUCUCCUUGGUGCAUCGCCCACCACUCCUCUGGACCAGUAAUUCAAUAACACCCCAAACACAGGAACAGCUCUAUGGCCACCGAAUUCCAUGGACAGGCUCCAUCCUCUUCCGCCUCGUCCUCAGCAACGAACCCCAACACCGGCACCAACAUCAAUGCCAAUCCAAACCCUCAGCUUACCAGGAAGCGAGCAGUACCCAGUCCUCGACCUGGAGAGCUCUUGAUCUAUGACUGCAGGCCACUAUCAUCCUCCAGCCCAGCAUCCGCCACCUCCUCCGCCACGCAUGGGUCUUCGCCGCCUACACCAACGCCCGGUCUUAAGGAGGCCACCUUUCCAGGAAGGGCUGCUGGUGGUUCCGCUGUGUCUGACGGCUCAUCUUCUAUGGAAUCAUCGGUAUCGUCCAGCGGACGAGACCUGGCCUGCAAGCAGAUUACGCACAGUGAGCAAGGGGCAAUGGGUCAGAGUGAAUUCUCCGUCAAUCUGCAAGGAAUAGGAGCAGCCAAGGCAGCUACUAGUACAGAACGACGACCUAUCAGAUGUUUACAGUGGAACAUUGAGCGCAACUACAAACCUGCCGAAAUCCUCGCCACUCUCCAAGAGCUCGAUGCGGAUAUCUUGUGCAUCCAGGAGAUUGAUAUUGGAUGCCAUCGGUCCGGACACGAGCGGGACCAUUUUCUGGAGAUUUGUCAAUCUCAGGGACUCUAUGGCGGGUUCGUCCCAGAGUUUUGGGAACUCGAACACCCGGGGCGCAAGAAUCGGGACCAGGGCGGAGGCGUGCAUGGAAAUGCGAUCUUAUCAAAGUGGCCGAUCAAUGGGUUCCGUGUACUGGAUCAUGUUCACCACGCGUAUGAAUGGGAGAGAGACGGUCUGCAGUUGAACGAACCGAGACUGGGAAGACGAUUCACGAUUGUGGCAGAUGUUCAGACACCUUCAGGACCACUGCUUUGCUACUGCGCACACCUCGAGGUCUUCACCGGGAUUGUGGGUCGCAUAUCUGCAUUAAGUGACAUCUUGGCGGAUUCAGAGCUGUAUUCGGACCGAUAUCCAUAUCAGAUAUUAUUUGGUGACCUGAACACGAUUUCACACUCGAUCGCACGACUCGCCAAGACCAUCUCCACGGACCAGUACAGGAUCGCGUCGGUCGGGCUUCAGGAGGCAGAGUGGUGGGACCGCAAUCUCUGGAGCUGGCAUGUUCAAGAUGGCGAGUUCAAUCUGGCGCUUGCAACCGGAGGCUGGUCUUGGUUGAGGCGGCUUGGCUUUUUAGGCCUUGGUGCAGGAAACCAUUCAAAGGAUGGACAGGAGACAUUCUGGCCUGCAGAUGUGAGAUACACGCAGUGGCUCACGAGACUUGUGGGUGCUGGCCUGGAUUAUAUCAAACAGGCACGCCAGGAGCAGUUGUUGAAUGACAAGUUCAUUGCUCUGGGUCAGGAUCGACCUUCUCCUAUCAUCACUGGCAAAGAAAGUGCCGACGCUAUUCACGAACGUGCCAGCGUGGAGAGCGACAGGAGCUUCCAGGAUGAUGGAAGUAUUGUGUUGGUAGGACGGGCGAGAUCUCCCAGCAUUGUCACUCUGGAAUCCAGUCUGAUCGAUCGAACCGAGUAUACGUCUUCUUCACCAACAUGGUCCUCUUCUUCAGCAGCGAGAUACGGUGAUAGCGAAAACAAAGGCGAUCAUGAUGGAGCACCGGAGCGUGGACGGAGUCGUGGGGUUAAGGAGCCUCGAUCUGGAAAAUCAUCGACUCCAUCGACGCCGUCGCCCACGCUUCGAUUAAUUCCACCUACGCCCACGCAAUCCAGGGCGAAGAUGCUUUAUGGGCUGACGGAAGAGGAGCGCGGGAUUCUACUGGAGUAUGAUGAUGAUGAUGACGAAGAGGAUAUGGAGGACGAGGACGAGAACGAGAACGAGAUUGAAGAUCUCUUUUUGGGCAACCAUGGAUUUGGGUCGCAACACUUUUAUUCAGCAACGACCACAUUUUCAAGCGAUAAUGAUACUCAACACUUUAAUGACCAACACUCUAAUGACACAUUAAUGAACAGCAGCACUACAGUAACGACAUCACGACAACUUCAAGAACAACAACAACAACAACAACAACAACAACAACAACAACAACAACAGCAACAACAAAGCGAGAGCUCAAGCACUGAAAGCGAUAUGUUCAAAGACCCACAACCACCGUUCCACCUCUCGACGCUCAAGGUGGCGCACCCAUUCUUUUCGACACAACGUCUGUGGUCAGGAUUCACACCACUAGUGCUGCACCAGGCACGGAAUCCUGGGUUUUAUGACCCUUGGUCUGCGCGGGACGAUAUGACGCUGCACAACCCCAACUUCUUUGGGAUACUAAAGGCCAAGCUAGAUUACACACUGCUGAUGAACCUUAAGUGUGUGGAGCGCAAGGUCGGGAACCAUGAUUACUCGGCGAGUGAUCAUAAGUGGCUGCUAGUCGAGGUCGAGUUCGAGAGGGAGUUUAGAACAGUGGCAGGUUCAGCUUCAGCAGGAGAGGGAUCGGCACUGGAAGAAAAAGAGAAGGAGAAUCAGGAUGGAAAGUUGAUGGACAGGGGUGUGGCUAGCUUGAAUGGACUGCCGUCGAAGACGCAGCGGUACUUGUGGUGGAGGGAGCGACGAUUAGAGUGGGGACAAACGGUGCAGCCACUUGCGGUAUCGGGUUUGGGACUACAGCAGCAUGCGGGUCCAAUGAAGGCACAGCAGAGGAACAGGAAGUCGACGUCAUCGUCAUCUGGGAUGUAUGUUAUUGCGGCAACUUUGACGGCGGCUGUGGCAGUUGGAGGUGCAUGGCUUUGGGCACGACACCAUAAGUAAGGUCGUUGAGACGUCGAUCGAGAGGGAAUAGGGGAGGAGGAGAAGGAUCUUUUUAAGGACGAGGCAAUUGCGCUAUUAUCAACUCGGUAUCGGUUUAGAGCAUAGAUCAAUUAGCAACUUCCUUUCUUUUUGCAUACUAAGUAAAUUAUACCUGCAGGGUAGGGCUGCAUCGACAACUAUGCGUUUUUACCUAGAACAAAAAAAAGCGACGAAUAAAAAUGGUACGGC